AUGCUGCAACAACACCACGCCAAGCAUCCUGUCGAUGCCUCUGGAGGAUCGGUCAUCGGUAUCUCAAACAACACGAAUAUAAAUAGCAUGAAUCAUGAUCAUAACAAUAUGGACAAGUCAUUCUCAACAACUACUGAAAACACAACACAAUUAUAUUCAGCACCAUCAUCAUCAUCAUUGGGAUCCAACUACUCUCAGUUGAAAUGUGGUGUGUUGAAGGCUUCUCGUUUAGUAACAGAUGAAGAUGAUGCAACAACCUCCGAUUAUUAUACAACCUAUUACAAUAACUCGGCAUUAUUGGGUGAAGCUCAAACUGUUACAAGGAAAGUCUUUACAAAAAACAUUGUUCUUGCAUUGGGAAGAAAUGAAACCAAUAAUCUUGGCUUUACUUCGCAAAAUGCACAUGCCAUUUCGUAUCCAAAAUAUUUAAAUCCAAUUUUACGAUCGUGUGGUGUCAAGGAAGGUUAUGAACGUGUGGAAUCCAUUCACACACUAAGUAACGAUGAACGAGGAUACACGGUCUUUUUGACCAAUUUCCGAAAACAUUUUUAUGUUUGUGGAGGAGAAAUGAAAUCCAAGCAAAAGAAACAAAAGAAAAAGUCAAAUGACAAGAAGAAACAACACCAACAAGAAGAAUUAUUUCCGCCACUCUUGAAUCCAACUGCAGUUCCAUUUCUAUGGAAAGAUGAAGAUGAUUGCAUUCAACAAGUGGCUCUAGGUAAUCGACACUUCUUUGUGCUGACUAAAAAGAGGCUCUAUGGCAUGGGUUCGAAUAUGAAAUAUCAACUCGGGCUUCCAAAAAAGAAAUUCACAGAACAAUUAGUUCGAGUGAAUGUGAACAAUGGAGAUAUUGUCGAGAAUGUCGUGUGUGGAGUGAAUUGCUCAUUCUUUAUUACCAAUCUUGGAAAGAUUUUUUGCUGUGGUGACAAUGACUAUGGCAAGCUUGGAGUCUACAAGGAUGAAGUGUAUGUUCCAUGGCAAUUACCUCUCACUGGAGUCAAGAGUGUGCAUUGCGGUGGCUCUCAUACCAUUUUCAAAAAGAAGGAUGGUACCAUGUAUGCUGCAGGAAACAAUUUACUUGGGCAAUGUGGUAUUGGUAGCACAGAGCUGGUUCCAGGGCUGUCACGAAUUCCAACCUUCACAGAUUGUGAAAUUGUUUCUAUCAAGUGUGGUGAAAAUUUCACCAUGUUUUUAACCCUUUCUGGACAUGUAUAUAUUUGUGGAUAUUUUGGAUUUUCCACAAGCUCUAGCGUGGUGAAUACUGAUGAAUUUACCUAUACCUCACCAACGAGAAUUACAUUUUUUGAUUCAUUGAAUACUUUUGUCACUUCUAUUGAGUGUGGCUCAGAUUUUGCGUAUUUUGUGACUCAUCGUGGGGAUAUCUACGGUGCUGGUAGCAAUUAUUAUGGAGUUCUGGGAGAUUUUUCUUUGACAAGUUCCAUGAGUGAUGACGAUGAAGGUGCCAAUUCUGAAGAUGAAGAAGAAGAAUCAUUUUUUGAUAUCCACCAUGGUCAUUCUGACAGCAUACAAGUCAUUACUCGACUUGCAUGCUUUGAUAAAUAUCGUUCCAUUGCCACAAAAGGAUGGAAAGUAUGCUCCUCUGCAUGGAGUGAUAAUGCCUUCUUCAUUCGAGAAGUGAAUAAGGAAAUUGAACGAUUAUUGACAGAGUUAAUUUCAAAUACUCAAUUCUCUGACAUUACCUUAAUAACAACCAACUAG